GCUCUAAAUUCACCUCUAUUUGGAUGGACUUUAAACUGAUCCUCACUACUAAUUUUAGAGUUCUUCUCAAACUUAAUAGAUGUUUUUGCUACUUUAUAUAUUAUUAUAUUAAAUAUAUUUACCGUGUUUAAUCCAACUUAUUUGAAUAAUUGAUCAGAUGGAGUUAUUCUCCAUAAUCGAAUUAUAUAUUAAUUAUAUAUCUAUAUAUUUUGAUGUAUUUUUAUGCAAGGAGGAACUAAAGACAAGAAGGAGUUAAAGGAAAAGUUGCUGAAACCUUCUGAUUUGAUGCACUCUUAACAUACAGGAUGUAAUUUUAUUUUCAUGACACUGACUCAGUUCUAUCUUAAAAAGCUAGCAUAUCAUGAAUAAAUGAUAUUAAUUACUUUGUGAAUAUUUAAAAUUUAGUUUGAAGUUAUUUCGUUUUCGAAAUUACAGUUGUUGAAAAGGGAACAAAAAUGAGGUCUCAGUGAAAGCUUUUGCUUAUAUUCGUCUAAAGAUCAAGGAGCGCAUCUUUUUGACAAUUAUAUAUAAUUUAUUAAAAGCUAAUUAUUUCCUUUUUGUAAAAUCGUCUGAGAAAAAUUCUACUAGCCGAGUAAUAAUCCCCACACUCUUUAACACUCAAAAUCAGGCCGUCGUUUCGGUUCUACGACUAGAAAACGGACGCUUCUUCUAUUCAUCAUCACAGAGCCCAUUUGUUCUCUCGAGUUUACCAGUUCUAGUUUCUUUCUACCUCGCUGAGAAAGCAUCAUAAAGCAGGCGACGUGACGCUUAGAGGAUGAUAACAUUGAUGAUUACCAGCUGAAAGUUGCUAUUUGUAAGAUAGAGAAAACAAAAAUGCUUUGUACGAGGAAAUUGAGGCAUGAGAGCACCCUAAUUUCCCCUGCAGUUUUAUUGUCCUUGCUUGUGAAUAGUGGAUAUGAUGUCACUCGCAUUUCUGGACACCACGUUCAAGUUUCUUCAAGUCACAGGCCUGUCUACGCAUUUGCCACUUCUUCUUUCACCAAUUCACUCUUGCCACUUGAUGGUUUAGGAAUGUGGAAUGGAUUGAAUUAUCAAGUCAAUUCCUUAUCGACUUUGGCUGGAACUAUCUUAGUUCAGGCUCGAGACCCAGCUAGAUUGAGUGCGGGAGUAGAACAUGCAAUCAAUGAGCUUAGACUUAGUGAUGCUUGGAAGUUGUUUGAAAAACAUAUGCAGAUGGAAGGGUUCCCUCAAAAAUCUGUUGUAAAUAAGCUUCUUGCAAGUAUUGCGGAAAGCAAUGAUGUUCCGUGGCUUGAGAAGGCUUAUGGCUUGGUGGAACAGGCUAUUAAGGAAAGUAAACAAAAUUUAUUGGAAAAGGACACACUAAUUUUUCUCUCAUUCAAUCUUGCUAAAUGUGGUUUAGCAGUUCUAGCAUCAACUGUUUUAAGAAAAUUGAUAGAAAUGGAACAGUAUCCUCCUGUGACUGCCUGGUCUGCAAUAUUAGCUCAUAUGUCGCUAACAGCUCCUGGAGCUUACCUUGCUGCUGAGUUGAUCCUUGAGAUAGGUUACUUAUUCCAAGAUGGCAAGGUGGACCCGCGUAAAAAAUGCAAUGCAACUUUAAUUGCUAUGAAGCCCAAUACUACCUCAGUGAACAUUGCUUUGGCUGGAUGUCUUGUGUUUGGUACAACAAGGAAAGCUGAACAGCUCCUGGACCUGAUACCUCGCGUUGGUAUAAAAGUGAACGCAACGUUAUUGAUCACAAUGGCGCAUAUAUAUGAGAGGAACGGGAGAAGACAAGAACUGAUGAAACUUCAAAGACAUAUAGAUGAAGCCCAUAGUAUAAGUGAUAUUCAGUAUCGGCAGUUCUAUAAUUGUCUACUAUCAUGCCACUUGAAAUUUGGGGAUCUUGAUUCUGCUUCUGACAUGGUCUUGAAAAUGCUGUGGAAAGCAAAGGAAGCACGGAAUUCUCUUGCUGCUGCCAAGUUUGUCUAUCAAGCUGAUAGUAAGUCCUCUCAUGAACAGAUUUCUCCAGAUAGUGUAAAUCAUAGAGAACCAGAUGGUUUAAAUAAGAGUAGACCAAAUAGAACACCUAUGAUUUCUCAUGGGGAGUUCUUGAAGGACCGGGACUUUUUAAAACUUGAUGCAGAGGCCAAAGGACUACUUGAUUCUUUGUUAGCAAAGUUGCAGACUCAAGUUGAAUUGAUUACAACUGAUCGAGGUAUUCUUCAGCCAACUGAAAAAGUUUAUGUCAAGCUGGUCAAAGCUUUUCUAGAAUCUGGCAAGACUAAGGAGUUGGCUGCCUUCCUUUACAAGGCAGAGAAAGAAGAUUCCCCUUCUUCUAAUGAUGAUUCACCCUUGGUUCAUGUCAUUAAUUCAUGCAUCUCACUGGACUGGCUUGAUCAGGCACACGAUCUUCUUGAUGAGAUGCGAGUGGCUGGGGUUAGAAUGAGUUCUUCCGUAUAUGCCUCUCUUCUAAAGGCAUAUUGUAAAGCUAAUCGAGCAGGAGAGGUCAAAGCACUUUUACGAGAUGCUCGUAAAGCAGGGAUUCAACUAGACUCGAGUUGUUAUGGGGCAUUGAUUAAAUCCCGGGUACUGGAAGAAGAUACUCAGGGAGCCCUCCACCUAUUUAAAGAGAUGAAGGAUGCUAAAAUACCUAGAGCUGGUAAUCAGGAAUUUGAGAUGCUGGUUAAGGGAUGUGCAGAUGAUGGUGAAGCAGGGUUGUUGGCUAAGCUCUUGCGGGAAAUCAGGGAAGGGCAGACAGUGGAUUCUGGAGUUCAUGAUUGGAAUUACGUGAUCCAUUUUUUCUGUAAAAAAAGAUUGAUGCAAGAUGCUGAGAAGGCCCUGAAGAAGAUGAGGAGUUUGGGGCAUGCCCCAAACGCCCAAACUUUUCAUUCUAUGGUAACCGGCUAUGCUGCUAUUGGGGGAAAGUAUGUGGAGGUAACAGAGCUGUGGGGCGAAAUGAAAUCUAUUGCUUCAGCAACCUCAAUGAAGUUUGACCAGGAGCUCCUGGAUUCAGUACUUUAUACAUUUGUGAGAGGUGGAUUUUUUUCUCGGGCAAAUGAAGUUGUGGCCAUGAUGGAGAAAGUGGAAAUGUUCAUUGAUAAAUACAAGUAUCGAACCCUCUUCUUGAAGUACCAUAAAACACUUUAUAAGGGAAAAUCACCCAAAAUCCAGACAGAAGCACAAGCAAGAAAGAGAGAAGCAGCAUUGAGCUUUAAGAAGUGGGUAGGUCUGAGUUGAGGAGAUUCCUGUUGUUUCAUAUCUCUUAUAGCUGUUAUAUAAAUGAUCAGUUAAGAUGUAAAUUUCUUAGAAAAAAAACUGAUGUAGUAAUUGUGUUGACUGACAAAGUUAAUUGUCUGGUCUAUUGCGUUAGAAAAAUGAACUAAUUUUCUCAUUGAUAAAAGAAGAUGCUGCUAAUUCUUAUAUACA